ACACAUUGUGUCAGGAAUUAUUUACCUCCUGAUUUUCACAAGAACCUUCACCAUGACUGAAUGGGUUCGAGCACUCGCGGCUCUGCUGUUCUGUCUCCACAGUGCAAAUGGGGAUCCUGUUCUGACUCAGCCAGGUUCCAUCUCAACAUCCCCGGGGAAUACUGUGAAGAUUACCUGUACCAUGUCCGGAGGCAGCAUCGGUAGCUACUACACGAGCUGGUACUGGCAGAAACCCAGGAGUGCCCCGGUCUUUGUUUGGCACGAAAGCAUAGGUACAGCUUCGGGAAUUCCAGAUCGAUUUACCGGGUCCGUGGACUCGUCGAGUAACAAGAUGCAUUUAACUAUCACAAACGUGCAAUCGGAGGACGCAGCCGAUUUUUAUUGCGCUGUAGGAGGUAGCGGAAUAUCGACGUUCGGGAAAGGAACCAAGCUGAACCUGGGCAACCCACGAGCGCCUUCACUUUCCCUCCUUCCACCUUCACCGGUUCAAAUCACGGAAAAGAACAAGGCGACCCUGGUGUGUUUGGUGAGCGGUUUUAACCCGGGCGCUGUGGAGAUUCAGUGGACGGUAGACGGAAAUGUCAGAGGGAACGGAGUUGAGACCAGUCGGAUCCAGCAGGAAACGGACAACACGUUCAGUGUGAGCAGUUAUUUGACCCUGUCAGCCUCAGAGUGGAAUUCACACGAGCUUUACUCCUGUGGGGUUAAACACGAGACUCUAACAAACCCACUUCAAAAAAGCAUCACGAAAUCUAGUUGUCCAGGAUCCACCUCAAUAUCCCCGGGGAAAGUUGUGAACAUCAUCUGUAUCAUAUCCGGAGGCAAAAUUGGCAACUACGACGCGAUCUGGUACUGGCAGAAACCCGGCAGUGCCCUGGUCUUUGUGUGGCACGAAAGCACAGAUCCACGGGCCUCUUCGGUUUCACUCCUUCCGCCUUCAGCUGCUCAAAUCGCGGAAAAGAACACGGUGACCCUGGUGUGUUUGGUGAGCGGUUGUAACCCGGGCGCUGUGGAGAUUCAGUGGACGGUAGAUGGCAGUGUGAGGGUGGACGGUGUAGAGACCAAUCGGAUCCAGCAGGAGAAGGACAACACGUUCAGUCCUGUGUUCGACGAUGGUUCCCUGGAGUCUGUAUCAGGCUGUCAGAUUUUCAGAGUCAGACGCCGAAAAACAAAGAUUUCUCGCACCAUCCUGAGCAUGGCAUUCCCUAUGGACAUGUUGCUGGAUCCAACUAAACUGGUGGCGAGUGUAUACGGGGAUCCUGCUCUGACUCAGCCAGGAUCCAUCUCAACAUCCCCGGGGAAAACGGUGAAGGUUACCUGUACCAUGUCCGGAGGCAGCAUCGGCAGCUACUCCGCGAGUUGGUACUGGCAGAAACCCGGCAGUGCCCCGGUGUUGGUUUGGGACGAGUACGACGAAACUGCUUCGGAAAUUCCAGAUCGAUUUACGGGGUCUGUGGACUCAUCGAGUAACAAGAUGCAUUUAACCAUCACCAACGUACAGUCGGAGGAUGCCGCCGAUUACUACUGCGCUGUAGCAAGUAAAUUCGGGAAAGGAACCAAACUGAACCUGGACAAUCCACGGAUUCCCACAGUUUCCCUCCUGCCGCCUUCAUCCGUUCAAAUUACAGAAAAGAACAAGGCGACUCUGGUGUGUUUGGUGAGUGGUUUUAUUCCGGGCGCCGUGGAGAUUGAGUGGACAGUUGACGGCAGUGGCAGGGGGAAUGGUGUUGAGACCAGUCGGAUCCAGCAGGAGAAGGACAACACGUUCAGUGUGAGCAGUUAUCUGACCCUGUCAGCCUCAGAGUGGAACUCACACGAGCUUUACUCCUGUGCGGUUAAACACGAGACUCUAACAAAUCCGCUUCAAAGAACUAUUGCGAGAUCCAAAUGCAUCUGAUAGAAGAUUUUUGUGCAUUUAUUCCUCACCUUAUUAGAGAAGCUUCUUGAAAACUAAGAUGCUGAGUUUGCUAUUACGCGUUCAAUUUUAAAUGGAACAUUUCAAACUGCCACAAUUGUCCUGUUUUCUGU